UCCUAAGAUGAAAUCUCUAUAGUUCUUUUUCUUCAUUUCGAAAUUAAUAUGUAUUAGUCCCCCCCCCCCCCCCCCCAAAAAAAAAUUCUUCGAUCACUGUAAAGAGAAAAUGUUGAAGAGUGUAAAUCCGAUGACAUUCUACGGCAUCGGGGAGCAGCAGUUUCCUACUUUAGGGUACAUCGUAAGCAAACCUGGCAAUGCAGGAGCCUACGAGAUCGACCCUCCUCUCCCGACCGUGAACGAUGUCAUCUACAGUUCAGAUGAGUUCCGCAUGUACGCUUACAAGAUCAAACGUUGUCCUCGGACUCGUAGCCACGACUGGACGGAGUGUCCAUACGCUCAUCGUGGCGAGAAAGCCACACGCCGUGACCCUCGCCGUUACAGUUACUGCGCCGUUGCAUGUCCGGCUUUCCGAAACGGUGCAUGUCACCGUGGCGACACCUGCGAGUUCGCACACGGUGUGUUUGAGUACUGGCUCCACCCGGCGCGUUACCGGACGCGCGCAUGCAACGCCGGAAACAUGUGCCAGAGGAAAGUGUGUUUCUUUGCCCAUGCGCCGGAGCAGCUCCGGCAAUCUGAGGGAAAACAUAGGUGCAGGUAUGCGUAUAGACCGGUAAGGACGACGGUGGCCAGAGGCAGAAACGGCGAUGGUGUGGGGAUAAGAGAAGACGGUGAAGACUUUGACACGUGGCAGUCUCCGGUGAAAAGCGGGGAAAGUGAGUUAGAUAUAAACGAGGAGAGGCUGUUGAAGUGUUGGAGUGGGAUGAGCAUUGUGGAUGAUCAUUAUGAUCCGUCCGAUUUGGAUUUGAAUUUGUCACAUAUUGAUUGGAUCUCAGCGUUGGUCGAUUAAAUGUAUAAAAGACCAAUGAAUAAAGUCGAUUUUAUAAUCUAGACGAAGACCAAAACGAGGGAUGAGAGAUCUUGACAUCAUGACAUGACAUGAAUAUGGUAUAAAUCCAGUUGUAAUGAUUACUUGUAAUGUCGCAAAAAGAGUUAUUUCUCCAAGCAUGUAAACUGAUUCUUGAUCUUCU